AUGACUGAACCACUUUUACGGGAUUUGGAGAAGAAUAUAACGGAUUCUUUCUAUAGGAUAUGGUGCAAAAAAAGUGAAACAGCUGCCCUGGGGGAAAACGUGACUAUGUUCUGCAAUUUGACAACUCUAAAAGAUGUUCUGCAAAUUACCUGGCAAAAGAUAGGACCUUCUUCACCACAAAAUAUUGGCACUUAUAGCAGUAAAUAUGGGAUGAAUAUCCUUCCACCAUACCUAAAUCGACUGCAGUGUGAGACCAUUGAGCCCAAUUCCUCCUUCAUCACUAUCCGUGAAGUGAAAUUUGAGGAUGAAGCGUGUUACAAAUGUCUAUUUAAUAUCUUUCCACAUGGAAGUCAUGGAGGACAAACCUGCCUUAAUAUUCUAAGUGUGUCUGAAUUAAGAACUGAACUCCAGUCCAAUCCCAACUCUGAAGGUUUUCUUAGCAUCAUUAACUCAGCUGUGGGAAAGCCUCCUCCUCAAAUAUCACUUUCCCCCUCUCAGAUUCUGAGUAAUCCACCUGAGGAACACCAUGCUCAGAACCCAAAUGGCACUGUAACUGUCACUAAGAUGGACAACAUCUCUUUGGAGACGGUGUGGUCCUUAGACCUCCAACAUGUGACUGUGCGCAUGGAUCAUCCUCUAAGGAGUGAGGAGAAGAAUGUUUCUCUUCCACCGAAACCAGGAGAAAUAAUGUUUUUGUUAAACAACUCGCUGGAGAAGCUCAAUAUGAGCCGUGAAACCAGGCCGGAUUCUGAUUGUGGACAGACCACCAUCUACUUAUGUGGAAGUUCAAGCUGA